ACAAACAUAACUAAUUCAAUUACUAAUACACAAUAUUUUACGCUAAUCCUAAUACACCCUAUCAAACGAUACCCAAAAGAAACGGAAGGAGCCCUUUCAAUGUUUUCACCGUGGUCACUAGUACAUAAGAAAGAACCCACCCCCACAAACUGCUUUCCUAACAAUUAAUUAACAUGGACACCAUCAAUAUCUUUUUCUAUCUUUUCCUCUGUGUUUUAACCUUUCUUAUCCUCCGGGCUACGACGGCGAUUCAUCUUCGCCGCCGUAAAACCCGACUACCGCCAGGAACCCUUGGUCUACCCUUUGUCGGAGAGACCCUUCAGUUGAUUUGUGCCUACAAGACCGAAAACCCCGAACCCUUCAUCGAUGACAGGGUUUCUAAAUACGGCAACAUUUUCACCACCCAUGUCUUCGGUGAACCCACGGUUUUCUCAGCUGAUCCGGAGACGAACCGGUUCAUUUUGCAGAACGAAGGACGGCUUUUCGAAUCCAGCUAUCCCGCUUCCAUACAGAAUUUGCUAGGGAGGCAUUCUCUGUUGCUUAUGAGAGGAACUCUACACAAGAGAAUGCAUUCUUUGACAAUGAGUUUUGCUAAUUCUUCAAUCCUUAAGGACCAUCUGUUGGCCGACAUAGACAGGUUGGUAAGACUUAAUUUGGAUUCCUGGACCGCUCGUGUCUUACUCAUGGAGGAGGCCAAGAAGAUAACGUUUAAUCUAACAGUGAAGCAGCUGAUGAGUUUUGAUCCGUGCGAGUGGACAGAAAACCUGAUGAAAGAGUAUAUGCUUGUCAUUGAAGGCUUCUUCACUAUUCCUCUGCCUUUCUUCUCUUCCACCUACCGCAAGGCUAUUCAAGCGAGAAGGAAGGUAGCGGAGGCUUUGGGUUUAGUGGUGAGAGAGAGGAGGAAAGAAAGAGAAGGAGGAGAGCGGAAGAAUGAUAUGUUGGAGGCGUUGUUCGAAGGAGACGGGGUUGAAGGAGGGGGGUUUUCGGAUGAGGAAAUUGUGGAUUUUAUGCUCGCUUUGCUAGUGGCUGGCUAUGAAACAACAUCUACCAUCAUGACCCUGGCUGUCAAAUUCCUCACUGAGACACCCCAUGCUCUCUCCCACCUCAAGGAAGAGCAUGAGGAGAUCAGGUUAAGAAAAGGUGAAGUUAAGUCUUUACUGUGGGAAGACUACAAGUCUAUGCCCUUCACUCAAUGCGUUGUUAAUGAAACUCUGCGAAUCGCUAACAUAAUUAGUGGAGUGUUCAGGAGAGCCAUGACUGAUAUAAGUAUCAAAGGUUAUACCAUUCCAAAAGGUUGGAAGGUUUUUGCUUCUUUCCGAGCUGUUCAUUUAGACCAUGAACAUUUCAAAGAUGCACGUACAUUUGAUCCAUGGAGGUGGCAGAGUAAUACAGGAUUGAUAAGCUCAUCUAACGUAUUCACACCAUUUGGUGGCGGACCACGGCGCUGUCCUGGUUAUGAGCUUGCUAGAGUGGAACUCUCUGUUUUCCUUCAUCACUUGGUGACUCGUUUCAUUUGGGCUCCGGCUGAACCAGAUAAAUUAGUGUUCUUCCCAACAACAAGGAUGCAGAAGAGAUAUCCAAUGAUCGUCCAACAUCGAAGCUUGUUUGACCUGUGUAAAAAAUGAGGUCUCUGCGAUAGCAGAGAGGAGAAGUGAAGAGUAGAAGGGUUUCUGAGAUUGUAGGAUGCUGAGCAGGGUGGUACGAAUGAAUCUGUACGAAAGCUUAAUAAGACGAUGGUAGUUCGAGCAUAAGAAAUUAAAUUAUCCUGUAGUGAAUUGAGCAGAGGCGACAUUUUGCUGCUAUGAAUGAAAGGAGAAUCAGGAAGAUUUUAUUUAUUGUUUUUUUUUUUGUUUUGAGCAAGUGGAUUCUCACCCGGAACCAAUGUACCUCUUGCACGCUUCCUCAUCAAACCUAACUACAAGAAUAGUUAAUGGUUGACAGUUGUAAAUGAACACGUCUGUACAAAAGAAUCAGAAAUUUCAUUCAUAGGUUGCAAAUACAGUUAGGACUUGCAAUUCA